GAGGAGUCGUUUCUUAGCGCCAUGGGGUGGCCUGCUGAAUACCCAGCAUCCAGGCAUGCAUAGUUGAAAUACGCAGCAUUAAGGCGUGCAGAGUUGAAAUACAAAGCGGUUUACCUUGGUCUACGGUGCCUUUUUUCCCACGAUCAACUUCACGACUUGUUGCUGUUCAACCAACUGGCUUUUGCACAACCAAAUCACCGCUUCAACGCGCGUAUAAGCCAGCCACUGAUUCUCUGAGGGUGGUAUUGUCAAUGCGAUCUUGAUUGUUCCCGCGCAAACUCUGGUCCAAGUUGUGGUGCGUGUGGUAUUGCAGGAUACAUCUUUCAUCGAUCGUUGCCAGCAUACACAUACACAUGCAUACCCAGAUUUACUGCCUCUCAUAUACAAAUCCAUCCCUAAACAUCAUCCUCUAACUCCCAAAGAACCACCACUACUACCGCCACCCACCGCCACCAUCACCAAUACGCCAUGGCUGGUACAUCAACCGACGCCAGCGACUCAACCACGCAGCGACCCAAGCGCCAGUCUUGCGAUCGCUGCCACAGCCAAAAGGUCCGCUGUACUCGUUCAGGAAGCCGAAAGACAGGGAACUGCGACCGCUGCCUUCGCAAGGGCUCUAAAUGUAUCUACAGCUCAUGUUUACCCAAAGGCCGCCCCGCGCUCUACCGCGCAAGCGACGCACCCGCCACUGCUUCUUCGCCUAACACAUCCACGGCCAAGCUGCCAGAUCCUCUCGACUGGCAACCCGGCGAUGGUACGUCAGGCUCUCCUGGUGAUGCAGACGGCGAGAUUGACGUUGAUGUGGACAUGGACAUGCAAAGCGAUGCGUUUGCUAUUCCACCGUACCCUAUGGGCAGCAUGGCCGACUUAUACCGCACCUGGUGGCCAGAGUAUCACUUUGGGGAUGGUCUGCCACCCAUCAUGCCGCCUGUCAUGCCGCCCUCAGACUUCCAUUUGCAUCAGAGUCUGGAGCCAUCGCAUCCUCUAUCUAGCCUCAAGCUCUCAGAUUCUCUGUCCGGCAUCGUAGACAACGCGUCCACCGGAAGAAGCAGCAGCAGCGCCACGCAUGUAAACUCUCGCCAGCGGAGUCUCGACUUGGAACCAGACCUGUGCGAUAGUAGCAGCGAGACAAGCAUCAGCAGCAAAAGCAGUGGUCGUGUGAAAAAAGACAAUCUCGACCACAACAUAGCCAACUUGUCGCGUCUAAGUAUGCACUUGUCUCAACUCUUGUGCUUUUCGCGUACAUUUUUGGCCGAGGCCUUACAUCCGCCGCGCUCCGCCAAGAAUCAAGACUCCAUGUUACAGAUACAGCAAGGCAUCAAGCUUGUAUUCAAGUCUGUCAACUCAUGGCUGGUGCACGGGUCUAGCAGCACCGAGCCCACACCGAGCCUAAACUUGGGCUCGAUAAACUCAUCAGAGUUACUGCAGCACUUAUUCUCAGCGUCCAAUUAUCUGCUGGAAAUCCUACGGCAGGUGCGGGCUGGCAUUGAUAAAGCCAUCCAUGCAGCAUCGACUAUGGACUUGUCCAAACGCCCUCAGUCUCGCAGUGGAAGCAUCCUCCAGAGCAAACCGGGGGGCUUGUCCUCGACUGAUGACGACCAACGCUAUUCCAUCGUCCGGCAUCUUGUGCUCGUCUGCGCAACACUACUCUUGAAUAUGUAUAUAGCUAUUCUCGUCUCACUGCAGCACAGCGCAGAUAUUCUUCGCUCGUCGAUACGAAAGCACCAGGAAAGCUUGCAUGAACCAGCUGAGCACAUGGACGCCGCCUCACGAGCCCACAUGCAGCUGGUCUCGAUUGUACAGCUCACCUCGUACCAUAUCAAACGUCAGAAUCAGACGCUAGACGCCACCGUGUCCAGUUGUCGAGCGUGGUCGGAGGGGGAGACAUCGCGAGAGCAAUUUGAUACCAUGAGUGAGCUCAAGAUGGAAGUGGAGCAACACCUUAGACAAUUGGAGCAAAUUCUGUAUAUAAUUUCAUAG